GCUGGCCUGCUGAAUGAGUGCCGAGAGGUGCUGACACCAUAAGCGAGUCGGGAUAGGUGCCGACGCGAUGAACAAACCCCUGCUCCGUCAGGAUGGUCUGAACAGUGCUGAGGGAUCGCUGGCAGAUCUUCCUGUUCUUUUUSGUUUUGUUUUGUUACAGCAAAGCUGCAGAGUGUUUUAUAAGGAUGAGCUUAAGGGAUUCCAGAAGGAUCACGAGAUGUUGGAGGUCUUGCGGGGUCUCCAGUCCAGCGUCCUGCUCAGAGCAGGGACAGCUCCGGGGUCACAACGAGAGGCUCAGGGCUUUGUCCAGCGAGGUCUGSAAAACCUUUCAGGAUGGAGAGCACACAACUUGUGCCUCAGUUUUGUUCUCAUGGUGAAGGAGUUUCUCCCUUUACCCAGUAGAGCCUUCCCAUGUUCAUCAUGUGCUCAUCAUGUUCCAUCAUCCCACACUGAUGUUGAAGGCUCACUGCAAUGCUUCUGUUAUAUUUGUUUGGUGAAAUUGAAGUGAGRGAAAAGAGAUAGUCGGGUUUGUCUCUGCUCUCCCAGCCUUCCAGGUUUGAUAUGUAAAUAGAUCCUGUUUCCAGUCAGRAUUUGUGAUUGCAGGUUCAUUUAUACCAAAGGCCACCAAAUACAAGCUAUUCACAGACACAGUAUAAUGAUCUCAAUGAAUCAAAAUUUAGACUGGAAAGGAGGAAAGAGGCUCAGGGGUGACCCUAUCGCUGCCUGCAAUUCCCUGAAAGGAGCUUGUGGGAAGCUGGGGAUCGGCCUCUUCUCCCAGGUAACAAGUGACAGGAUGAGAGGAAAUGGCCCCAAGCUGUGGGAAAUGGCCCCAAGCUGUGCUGAGGGAGGUUCAGGUUGGACAUUAGGAAGAACUUCUUCACAGAAGGGGUUGUUAAAUGUUGGAAUGGGCUGCUCAGGGAGAUGAUGGAGUCACUGUCCCUGGAGGUGUUUCCGGAAAGACUGGACAUGGCAGUCAGUACCAUGGUCUAGUUGACAAGGUGGUGUUUGGUCAAAGGUUGRGCUUACUGAUCUUAAGGGUAUUUUCCCUUAAGAUSCCAACYUAAUUGAUUCUGUGAUUCUGAGAUAUUUCUUAUGUAAUUUACAGGGAUGUUCAGUCUUAUGCAGGAGGUAAUAAAUACGGAGGCUUUUUAAUAGGAAUGUGUGUGCUCACGUAGAGCAAGGUUUGGCAUAAACAACACUACAGGAAGAAAAUGACCCACUGGUUCCAUCGCAACCCUCUGAAGGCUACAGCUCCAGUUUCAUUUAAUUAUUAUGGGGUAGCCACCACUCCAGCUGCAACAAAGAUUUGCAAUGACUUGAGGUUAUCUCGAACGCGGCUGUUGGAGCUGUUUACAGACUCGAGUUGUAAUCCAGAAAUGAUGAAGAAUGCAGCUGAUUUGUACUUCUCACUCUUGCAAGGUUUUAUCCUUUCACUGGAUGACUCUUCCCAAGAGUGCAAGUUGAGGUAUAUCCAGAAUUUCAAGUGGACAGACACRUUACAAGGACAAGUCCCGAGUGCCCAGCAGGAUGCAGUGUUUGAACUGGUGUCCAUGGGAUUUAAYGUAGCUCUGUGGUACACAAAAUAYGCAUCAAGACUCACUGGAAAAGAAGAUAUAACAGAAGAUGAAGCAAAAGAUGUUCACCGCAGCCUGAAGAUAGCAGCUGGGAUUUUUAAACACCUGAAGGAAAGUCACAUUCCAAAAUUGAUUACUCCAGUAGAAAAGGGAAGAGAUUUAGAAGCUCGACUUAUAGACUCCUACAUCGUACAGUGUCAAGCUGAAGCUCAAGAAGUGACAAUUGCUCGGGCUAUUGAGCUGAAACACAAUCCAGGCCUAAUAGCUGCUCUUGCAUAUGAAACAGCCAACUUCUACCAAAAAUCUGAUCAAACAUUAUCCAGUCUGGAUCCAACCUAUGCAGGUAAAUGGAGGAAGUACUUAAACUUGAAGAGCUGUUUCUAUAUGGCCUAUGCAUACUGCUACCAUGGCCAGACUUUGCUGGCAAGUGAUAAAUGUGGGGAGGCAAUCAGAUCUCUGCAAGAAUCAGAAAAGUAUUUUGCCAAGGCUGAAGCGUUGUGCAAAGAAUAUGGAGAAACCAAGGGACCUGGGACUACUGCCAAACCUUCCGGACAUCUUUUCUUUAGGAAAUUGGGAAAUUUGAUUAAGAACACACUGGAAAAAUGCCAGMGAGAGAAUGGAUUUAUCUAUUUCCAGAAGGUGCCAGCAGAGGCUCCCCAGCURGAACUGAAAGCAAACUAUGGCUUGGUAGAGCCUGUUCCCUUUGAGUUUCCUGCCUUGAACGYACACUGGACUCCUGAAACAGUUGCAGCAUUUGAUCUCACCAAGAGGCCAAAGGAUGAUGCUGCUAAACCAAAACCAGAUGAAGAAGUAAAACCUCUGAAGGAACCAGAUAUAAAGCCUCAAAAAGACAGUGGAUGCCAGAUUUCUUAAGUACCAUAAGUGCUUUGAAUUCACUUUGGAACUCCUAUUCAUAGAACUCUGGGGCUUCAGUUCUAAUCUCCCUUUUUUUGAUUCUCCUUUUUUCAUUUAGAAGACUAAUUUAAUUUACUUUUGUUAAUAUGUGUCUAUCUUGCUUAAGAUUGUGGUGGAUUUCUAGGAGGCUAUUUAUAUCUGACUUAUUUUUGGGUUUAGUGGGAUAUCAUAGAAUGAGUGGGUUUAAAUGUUCCUAUUGUGCCUCUAGGGAGUUUYUUUUUGUGGGUUUAGUUUUACCCACAAAUAGCAAAGGAAGUAUCAUGAUUGUAAUGCUUGAGGAUUUUUCCAUUACCAUAUAUGCUAUAUCAUGUCCAAUUCUGCAAACAUAAGUUUGCAUAAGCAGUUGUAUUUAUUCGAGUUUUGUCAUUCAGGCUUAACACCCUGACAUGUUCCAGUUCCCGUAAUUGUAGUGAGAGAAGAAAAUCUGGGUUUAGUUUGUAACACUCCUAUGGUAUUUCACAGGACAUUCACAGAACUUGGGAAACAUCAAGUUCUGCAUAACCAGAGCACAAUUUAUGUUCUCAAACUAUUACUCUGUUUUUUCCUCUGUAGAUUAGGGGUUUUAUAUCAGAAUUUGUUGUAAGGUACCUUAGCUUGUCUGUCCUUUAGUCAAAACCCUYUAAUAUCAAAGUGUAUCUGAAAAUGAUGUAGGACAUAAUAAGGAAGUGCUUAAAAGCAAUGCAUCAACAUCACUCGUUCAGAGUUUUGGAAUCUUCAAAGCUUUGUUAGGUUUGAAGGCUUCAGACAGUUCAAAUCUCCUGGCCCUGGUAGUCCUGAAGCUGUCAUGCUAAGGCAAUGGAUUUGUGAGGAAGUUGCUAUGUUUCCAUCUGGGUGGUGACUGGAGGAAGCUGUCAGUAGAACAGAGAGCAAAGAYGAGCUGAAGAGCUGAUGGCACAACUGGGAAGCCAAGCUCUAGAUACCUUUAUGCCCUGUGUAAACAGUGUUGCUUCUCAGCUGAAAUCAGGUCUUUCUGAAGAAGACUUGCCAAAAGCCAAACCCAGUCAAGGCUGAGAAAGGAAGAACUUGCUGCUUCCAUUGCUGCCUGCUGUGGAAAAUGUGACAGCAUUCUUUAGUGCUGAGCGCUGCAAACACCCGUGACAACAAAAACAUCUUUCUGAUUUGCUGCAAAUGCUAAGGAAUAUGAUGCAUGUGUUGAAAUGAGAGCCUUGCAAUCCCUGGGUACCAGUUGCUGCAUUUCUCCUUGUCAGUGAAAGAAACUGAGCAGCCUGACAAUGUUCAUCCUUUCAGCAAACAUGAUGGCAUAUGCACUUAACGUGAUUUAGACUGUAAACACAUUCCUCACUUUGUACUCUUUGUUCACCUUCCACUGUGCUGUAAUUCAGUGCUUCUAAAAUCUUUCAUGGGGAUUGGAGUCACUUAGCUUAGAGAGCAGAUGGGUAGCUUCUUGAAGACCUCAAAGCUGUUGAGGAGGUUAAUAGGAAACUCAAGACUCUUCCUGAGACGCUGGACCAAACUACAAAAUUUGUUGCUACAAAAGGCAAAGAGGCUUUUAAUGCUGCCAGUUGUGGGUUGAUCACAUGCAGACCUCCUUGCUUCCCGUGAUGGAUUUUAUUUCUGUGAGUUCUGCACAUAAAAAUAAGUGUAAAGUGAGCUGAAUUUCUUUGGAAGAAGUUUCUGUUCUGCWGGGGCCUAGAGGAUAAUGAGUAUCAAGAAGAAUGUAUAUCUAAAAUUGGUCCAUUUCUUCUGGUUCUGCACAGGGACUAGGGGUAUGUUUCAUGAAGAGUUACUCAAUCUGUUCAUAACUUGAUCAGCUGACUCAUUAGACUUCUUGCUGUUAAAAGACCAGCUUAAGUUUUGCAGUGGAGUGUGGAGUUAGUUUUCUUAUAUAGRUUUUAAUUCUAAAAAUAUAUUCCAGCUGUAGUCAUCAACAUUUGCUCAGCCUGCCCCCUUUCAGGAUCAAGAUACUUUUAACUCAGUUUCAUAAUCACUAUUUUUUUAGUUACUCAUUAUUUUUCAGAACUCUUUGUCAGUAUGUACACAAAUCAACUGCAUUGGUUUUCUCUCUGUGCGGACUAGAUCCCGUUUUCCCUCCUCCCCUCAUUUUCCCUUCCAUCUGCUACAAGCUGUGGCACAGACUUACCYUUGUUUGCUAAUUCAUGUGCAUGUCCUGGGACUCAUUUCCAAUGCAGCUUUUACCCGUGGGUGGAUUCCAGUAGAGGAAUAUCUUACAAUCAAAUUAACAAAUCAUGACUAAAUCGUUCCCAAACAACUUGGUUGGAAAGAUUGUUUUAUGGACUUGGCAUUCUUUGGACACUUUCUCAAACCRAGUGGUUUGUCUGAAACAAGUUCACUGUAAAUAGUUUGGGGCAUAACCAAGUGAAUUGUGUCAGAUGAUGACAUUACUUAAGCCUAGCUAUGUAACCUCUUAUGCCAUAGCUGUUUCAGUAAAUAUGAUGUAGUAGUUUAAAAAUAGACAAAUGGAACAAACUAAUUCACUUAACAUGUGUUGCUUUUCAAGACAAACUUUGUUUACUUGUAGCUAAAAUCCUGUGGCAAACACUGGAUGGUUUUGCCAAAAAAUAAACUGGAGGCUGUUUAGUUUGCAAAGUAGAGAGAGCUGUGAGGCAAUGAGCAGCGUUAUCUUCUGGUUUUGUUGGGUAGUAGCAGGAAUUACUGUAAAUAGGRUAUAGAUUAGCUGUCCAAUAUGCUUAAGAAUAUGGGUGAAUGAACUGGGAGUUUCAGUUAAUCUGGAAACCCAGCUGCCAUGUUCCUUCUCUUAGAGUUCCCUUUAGUAAUUUUUAAGAGUGAGGUAUUUUGAACGGUGACUUUUUAAUAUUCUAAUGUUGCAAGAGCUAGGUUUUGUGGCCUCUCUCUGGUUUUAGAGGCUGUCAUGGCUAAGCCUGCAAAUCUUGUUGGUGUAAAUAGUCUUUAAAAAUUUGUGCCCCGUCUGAAGCAGGACAGAACUGCAGCUGAAUAAAAUACGGAGUGCUGGGCCCUCUGUUUUGUGCUUUGAAAAAAGCAGUGAUUGUCUUUAAUCUACUAUAAACAAAACGUUUGUAGGAUUUCUAUUUAAAUACCUUCCUCCAUGUAUUUAAAUACAUUUCCUCUAUGUAUUUAAAUACACUUCUUCCAUGUUUCGUGUUUCCUGGGUUUACAGUAGUUAAUCUCCAUCCAGCAUGUGACACACCUACAACUGAGGGACUAAACCUGGCCCUUGGAUGCUGAUGUCUGCCUCCCACUGGAUUUGGUAGAAGAGUUCUACCUGUCAGCCUAGGGAUGGUGUUUGGUCACUUGGAUGUUCAGCAUGGAUAUGUGGUGUGUCUGUAACGAUAGUAGUGGUUUGUACAAUGAGSAGGAAAAUUAAUCCCUGUGUCUAUGUAGAAUAGAGACAACUUUGCACUUUAGAAUUUUCUUGUCUUGCAAAUUUGGUAAAAUACAGUAUGGUUGUAAAUACUYCUUCCUGUCAUUUUGUUGCACUGAUUUCAGUACUGUGCUAUGGGUAAGGUUUUAACAGGAAACAUUACUAAAAUGUAUUUUUACUUGUCUGUGUGUAAAACAAACUCAUGARGCAUAUCUCUUGCCUUCAGUAUUGGAGAACAUGAGAGAAGGCAGUAGUUCAUCUGUCUUCUGUGGGAAUUCCAGGAGUGAAAACUUUCUGUGUGUUGGCUGCGGGAUGAAACAUUUCAUCCCAUCCCUGUGUGUGAUAUUUAAACUGAAGUUUCAGCAUUAACAURAAUCCUGUUCAUGCCUAUUAAUUAUCGCUAAAAAAUCCUGUCUCUAAAGAUCAUUGUCAAAUUACUAUGGUAGUAUAAGCUGGUUUUUUUUCCUUGUCACUGGCCCAACUGAGUUAGGAAUAAAGCAGUGAGUAAGACUGGCAUGGAAAAGCCCCUGCAGUGUGUAUCUGUCUCCAGAUUGUGAGCACAGUGUAAAGGCCUUUCCCCAGUGACCACUGGUUUCACUCAGACCUUUUCCUGCUGGUGAUACUCUCAAGUUCAAUAAAGGUCCCGUGGCUACCAAGGGGMCCUUUGAUUAGCUUUUUAUGUAGGAAGGCCUCCCUCCUUUGGUGUUGGUGCCUUCAUGGAUUAUAACUACCUGAAGCCAUCCUGUACUUUGAGUAAUCACACUUCAAUGGAAUCAGCUCUGAACACAUUGACCAAGCAGCCUUACUUUGUGAAGACAGUCACCAUGCAAUCUUACGCUUCAUAGCUGGGAAGUUUGUAUAUAACCACAAGUUUCAGAAUACCAUUUAAAAUAAACUAUCUUAAAAUAUCAYGUUUUGUUUCAUUUUCUAAAGUUUUAAGGAUAGUAUCAAGAAAAAGGCAUACAGAGAAUUCUUAAUCCUUGCUUAUAGGAGGACUUGAAUAAGGAAGAUACUCAGGUGAAGUGGGUGCAUAUAGAAGUAGUAGCUACAAUGAAGCAUGUAAAGUCUUGGGGUGGGAAGAUGGGAGUUAGACUUCCCAAACUCCUGUUUAGAAAAAAAGAAAGUAAUUAGGCAGGAUUUCUUAAUGGCUAUACAAAAUCCCAGUACUAGUACCAAGGUCCAUGACACUGUAGGAUAUUCUGUAUAAUGUGUGAAGGGGGUUAUUUGGGAAUAACUCACAUAAUAUUCUGGAUGAAGCCUCACGAGCGCAGUGUGUUCAGUCCUCUCUGUCUGAACCAGACAUGCAUCUACUGGUGUCACCAAGAGUCCCAUCUGUUUCUCAGAGCCAUGUGGUGGUCCUUUAAGAAUUUUGCUUUGUGCCUCCAAUCUUUCUGUCUGGCUUCCCCAAAGAAGGAAUGUCAGU